GAUGAUGAGAUGGACAAAAAAACCAUCUUAGAAGAACUUCUCCUAAAGAAGUCACAACAAAAGAAGAAAAUGUCGCCAAACAAUUACAAGGAAAGACUUUUUGUCCUGACAAAAACAAACCUCUCCUACUAUGAAUAUGAUAAGAUGAAAAGAGGCAGCAAGAAAGGAUCGAUCGACAUUAAGAAAAUUCGGUGUGUUGAAAGAGUGAAUCUUGAGGAGCAAACCCCUGUGGAGAGACAAUAUCCAUUUCAGAUUGUCUAUAAAGACGGCCUUCUCUAUGUCUAUGCAUCAAAUGAAGAGAGCCGAAGCCAGUGGCUAAAAGCCCUUCAGAAAGAGAUAAAGGGAAACCCUCACCUGCUCAUUAAGUACCACAGCGGCUUCUUCACAGAUGGCAAGUUCCUUUGCUGCCAGCAGAGCUGUAAGGCGGCUCCCGGAUGCACCCUAUGGGAGGAAUAUCCAAAUCUGCAGGUGGCAAGUAUCCCUGUGAAACCAAUAUUCCCCAUCACCUCCAAUAGACUGGUGAGGAUCCCACGGGCCGUUGCUGUCCUUCCACUUCAUGAGUCAUCCCCAAAGUCCACGGAAGCAGAGUUAGAUUCCGAGCUCAGGAGGAAUAACAUUUCUGAGACGAACGCAUGUACACGAGGUGACAAUGCUGUCUCUGGGAUCCAACUGAAAAGGCAUGUAAAAACUCAGGGUACUCCAAUGAUUUCUUGGGGGGACCCAGGAUCAAGUUCAUCUGAAGAAGAGGAAAGCCUGAACAGCUACGACUGGUUCGCAGGUGAUAUCUCAAGAGCCCAGUCUGAACAGUUACUGAGACAAAAGGGAAAAGAAGGAGCAUUUAUGGUCCGGAAUUCAAGCCAAGCAGGGCGGUACACAGUGUCCUUGUUUAGUAUGGCCCUAACUGAUAAAAAAGGAACUGUAAAACAUUAUCACGUGCACACAAAUGCUGAAAACAAAUUGUACUUAGCAGAAAACUAUUGCUUUGAUUCAAUCCCUAAGCUUAUUUAUUAUCAUCAGCACAAUUCAGCAGGCAUGAUUACAAGGCUUCGACAUCCAGUGUCCACCAAAGCCAAUAAGGUCCCCUCCACAGCAGCCUUGGGAAGUGGAAUUUGGGAGCUGAAGCGAGAAGAGAUUACCCUUUUGAAAGAAUUGGGAUGUGGACAGUUUGGAGUGGUGCGUCUGGGAAAAUGGAAGGGGAAAUAUGAUGUUGCCAUUAAGAUGAUUAAGGAGGGUUCCAUGUCAGAAGACGAAUUCAUACAGGAGGCCCAGACCAUGAUGAAACUCAACCACCCCAAGCUGGUCAAAUUCUACGGCGUGUGCACUGAGAGGUACCCCAUCUACAUAGUGACUGAGUACAUCACAAAUGGCUGUUUGCUCAGCUACCUGAAAUGUCAUGGGAAAGAACUCCAGCCCUUCCAGCUUCUGGAAAUGUGCUAUAAUGUUUGUGAAGCAAUGGCCUUCUUAGAGAGCCACCAGUUCAUACACCGAGACUUGGCUGCUAGGAAUUGUUUGGUUGACAGUGACCUUUCGGUGAAAGUAUCUGACUUUGGAAUGACCAGAUAUGUUCUCGAUGAUCAAUAUGUCAGCUCAAUAGGAACAAAAUUCCCGAUCAAGUGGUCGGCGCCAGAGGUCUUUCAUUACUCCAAAUAUAGCAGCAAGUCAGACGUAUGGGCCUUCGGAAUCCUGAUGUGGGAGGUGUUCAGUUUGGGGAAACAACCUUACGAAUUCUAUGAUAACAGACAGGUGGUGACAAAGGUUUCCCAAGGCUAUCGGCUAUAUCGGCCUCAGCUAGCUUCGGAUAACAUCUACCAAAUAAUGUACAGCUGCUGGCAUGAGCUUCCAGAAAAACGUCCCACAUUUCAUCAACUCCUAUCUUCUAUUGAUAUACUCCGGGAAGACGACAAGCCUUGAAAACAGAAAAUGGAAGAAAUACAUAGAAUGGAUAUAAAUCCUGACAAACAUCCUCAUUCUUUUUUAGGGAAGUAGAAAGGACUGAGCUCUCUGUAGUUUACAUGCUUCUACUCAGUGUUAUCUCAUUUAUUGUUUGCCCUUAAUAACCUGGAGGAGUGAACAAGACAAGGAAGGAAAGUUUCCAGAGAUGUUUUUUUUUGUCAUCUAACAUUUGUUGGUAUUCCUCCCAAGAAAACAAUACUCCCUUGACAUAAAUAGAAUUACAUUUUAUGUCUGUUUCUGUUAAAGAGCAGUCACUCUUUACUAUUUUUAUCAAUUAAACAGGAAUUAAAAGUGAUUAAUUUAUUGAGGCUUAGUUUAUCAGACUGAAUUCUUAUUCUUUUUCUUAGAUUAUCAUCAUUAGACUUAGAAUUGAAAGCAACCUUAGAGAGAGAUCAAUAACCCAGACCCCUUAUGAAGUCCAGAGAGGAGAGGGGAGAGGGGACUACUGAGGUCACCUUAGUAGUAAGUAUCUGAGUCAGGAUUUGGAACACAAGUCAUCUGGCUAGAAAUCUAGUGUGUCAUCCUCAAAAGCUUAAAAAAGAAGCCAUCAUAGUGAUUAUGGUAAUUUUGACAUGCUGUCAGAUUAUAUGUUAGGUUUAUUAACUCAUACUUCCAAAGGUUCUCUUUUAUCCCCACCAUGUACUAUUUCUGCAACUAGGGUACCCUCGUGGUGGUCUCUCAUUAUGUAUUCUAUGGUCCAAACCAAUAGGCAUAAUGUUUGGCUGAAAGCCAUAUUAGAGCUACAAAUUUUUCUACUCAUGAUAAAAAUAAAGUGCUAUGACUAUUCAGUUGUGGAGAUUCUUCUGAGCUACUAGUGUUUCCUCUCCAUGUAUCCCACCCCCAAAGAUUUGUUUUGGGGUUUUUUGCAUAUAUAUACAAACUUAUGUACAUAUGAUA